AUGACGGCAAUGAUUUCUGUCGGCUGGAUUGUUGUAUCUAUAAAUACAUUAAUACCUUUCUUUGGGGCAGACACUUUUGAAAAAUCAUCCAAAUGUAUAAAUACCAAUGUAUGGCCUACAGAAUACCAAACGUAUGUCGAUUGGCUGCUUAUUAUUUCAGUGAUAGCCAACUUUGUGUUUUACUUAAUAGUCGUUCGUCUCGCAAUGGCAAAGUCAAGAUCAACACGCAGUGUUAUUGGUGACAGCACAUUAAGUAUUCAUAGAAGGAAUCAUUCUGAUAUUCAUAAUGUUAUCACAAUGGUGAUUGUCCUCGGAACAUUUAUGGUUUGUUGGCUUCCCUACAUGUCACUUAGCGUUGCUGUAACUUUUUGGGAUACACCUACAUUGCAGUAUGUUAAACGGUUUACAUUUACACCUGGUCUGCUGAAUUCUGCUUUUAACUGGAUGAUUUAUGGAUACAGAAAUAAAGAGUUCCGGAAAGCAUUCAAAAGUGUAUUGAACUGUUGUUUCCGUAGAAAACAUGAGCAAAGUUCAAGUUCAAUUAAUCUCGAUACAUUUGCCAAGCAACAGUGA